AAUAGCAAUACAGUCAGCGAAGGUGAACACCCGAAGCUUUAUCAGCGUUUUUGAGGGGUAGCAGCGCGAAGACGCUAAUAGACAUAUGAGUGGUAAAGAAGCAACAAUGACUCCAGUUCACGGGUUGAGAGAGUUUGUCAGUGAGCGACUAACUUCAGCUGUUGAAGAAAUAUUCAGAGUCUUUGAACAAACUGUCGUCGAGUACGAGAAAGAGAUCGUUCGUCAGCGCAGGCUGUUGGAUAUCGUUUGGAAACCUGAGAUAAAGCUUCACAGGACAGAGCUCCCACAGCAUGUCUGUAAGGAGAAGGAGGAGGUUCUCACUGAGCAGCAGCUCUGUGGCCAGGAGAGAAGCUCCAGUCUGGACCAAACAGACCCAGAGCCUCCACAGAUUAAAGAGGAGCUGAAUGAACUCUGCAGCGGUCAGGAGGGAGAGCAGCUUGUACUGAAGCAGGAGAGAGAUCCCUUUAUGUUUACUCCUACUAAUGAGGAUAUCGACCACAGUGGAGAAGAACCAGAGAGUGACCAGCUACUCUCUCAUAACUCUCCUGUAGCUGAGAGCCAAGAUCAGAGAGGAAGCGAUGAUAUGGACCCGGGAUCAACUAGAGAUGAAGAGUCGAAGAUAAAGAAGACGCAUCACAAUAACACAAGCCACAGUGACAAUGUAGACAACUCUUCCCCAACAAAGACACACCUUUACACUCACAAAUGUAAAAAGUCUUUAUCGUGUGACACUUGUGGAAAAUCUUUUAAGUUCCAGUCCUGGUUAAUUAUACAUAUGAGAACCCACACAGGUGAGAGGCCGUACCCUUGCAAGAUCUGUGGUAAAGGUUUCACUGACAUACCAACAUUGAAUGUUCAUCUAAGAAUCCAUACAGGUGAGAGGCCAUAUACUUGUGAAAUAUGUGGGAAAAGUUUCAGAAUCAAGACAGACUUGGUGCUCCACUUGAGAAUCCACACAGGAGAGAAACCAUACUCCUGCAACACCUGUGGGAAGAGAUUCAAUCAAAAAACAGGUUUGAACAAGCAUUUGAAAAUUCACACAGGUGAGAAGCCAUAUUCUUGCAAGACUUGUGGGAAAGCUUUUAGACAAAGUAGCAUCCUUAAAAACCACAUGAGAACCCACACAGGUGAGAAACCCUAUGGUUGUGAAACAUGUGCAAGAAGCUUCAGUUCUUCAAGAUCAUUGCAAAAGCACAAUAGAAUUCAUUCAGGUAAAAGUUGAAUAUUUAUUGAACAUGUGGGUGAGCUGUGAGACUUUGAUGCGUCUCACUUGGGAAUCCCCAUGAGAUCACAUUCAGCAUAGCAACCUAUUGUGUUUUUUCCAAUAUGUGGGAGAGGAUUCAGUUGUUUUUCAUGGACACAACACACAAGCCACAUAAGUGGAAAUCAGUUUACACAGGAGAAACAAUCAAGAUGAGAGGUGUGGAGAUUCUAAACUUAAUGAUAUAUACUUUUGCAGUAGAUAGAUGUAUGCGUUUCAAUGUAUUCAAUUGAUAAGAAGUCACAGUGUCAAGUUGUCAUGGUUAUUGUGAUCACUCACUUAUAAUGGUCAAAAACCUAAUAAUCUUUACACAAAUGCGGUUUAAUAGAACAGAUUCAUCAUGAUUAUUAUAAUUAUAUAAUUAUUUAAACAUAACAGGAUAUUAAUAAAUAAAACAAUAUAUAUAGCAUAUACUACCGUUUAUAUACUUAAUAUUUGUAACAUUCCAUAUUCUAUCGUUAUUGAAUAUCAGGUGAAUAUUCAAGAACCAAUACCUAUAUACAGGGGGGACAAGCCUUUAUUUUAGUUUUUCUGAAUUGCUAAAAUCCAUUUCCUGAACCAUCUCCCCUUUUCUCAAAAUAGUAAACACAAACACGAAAAUUAAAGCUACGCUCACAAAACCUUUGUCUUGUUUGUAAAAUCAAACAAUUGAUUCAAAACUAUGUUAUCUUUACCCUAAACCAAACACUGCCAUCAACUGCAUCAGCUAAUGUACACACACUAUUCAGCAAUAAUUACACACUACAUAAAUUAAUAAAAAACAAUGCAAAGCGCUGGGCAUAGAAGUAAAACUAAAGUCUUUCCUGAAAAAGUUCUGAAAAUAUUAACUAGGAUAUUUACACAUUCCUGCACUUAUUGAAACUCGUAUGUUUACAUUAGAGGAGAUUUUCUUCGUAGCUGGGUUUCGGUCAGAUUGAACUGCUGACCUUCUGGUAGGAGUACGACCUCUCUACCCCUCAGUCACAAUCACACAGGGUGUUAGUUGUUUUUAAACUUUGAGCCUCUGUGUGUCAGUCUGGGUCAGAGAGUGUGCCACACUGCUAAAUGUGUUUAGUGAAUGAGAAUGUGUCUGGAGUUUUGACAUAUAUGUGCACAUCAAAUUCUGUCAUAAUGCUACAAUAGCAUUACCAGUAUAAAUGUACAUGUAUUUCCCAGAGCAAACUGUAAACAAGGAUCUCUCAUAACAGCAAAUACUGAAUUAGAACAGCAGUUCUGGAAAGAGCAGUGUCAUUAUAGAAUGUUGUUGUAUUUUUCAUGUAAGAGCAGCUUCACACAGAAAAUUCAAAUUAAACUUUAACGUUGUGUGUCAUCAUUACCUAAAAACUGACUGUUUAGUGUUGGAUAGUUUUUUUUAAAGAGUGAGCAAGAAAACACUUGUCCCUGUAGCCCUGGCUGCCUUCACAGAAAAUAUGAGACAAGUAGAAACUUCCAAUUAGUGAUGCAUAGAAAAAUCUAGAUCUUUAGUGAAUAUAAUAGUGUUCCUCUGUCUGACAAAUACAAUGUCAAAAGUAUGUCUGUUAGUUCUUCCUCCUUUUUUUUUCAUUUUGGUUUACAAAACAUCAAAUUUGACAAAUGGAAGAAAUGAAUGUGUAAAGUUAAGGAUGUGGAAACAGGGUUGUAAACAAGUGGCAGAGAUUAAAUAAAGAAACAUCUGACCAGA